AUGAAAAGUACAAUGCUUGAACCGCUCACGAUCAGGAGACUGAGACCGUCACAAACUACAAGCAUGAGUUCGAUUGCAUCAUAUCCUGAAAUUCCCUGCCGUCACUCUUCUCUAUCUGCAAGCGUGAGCAACGGCUCAUUCGGGCCAGCAACAUCAACAAGAACCCCAUCCUUAAGUGAUAGUCAAUACCAAAUCGAAGUCGUCAAGGUUCGAAACCUUGGAAUUGAAGAUUCCCGCGACUCCUGUGUAUAUCAUCAUGGCUCCUCGGAAGACCCUUUUGAAGAGCGAAAACAUAAAAUCAAGCACAACCAUAAUAACCAUCGGUUGGUGCGGAGGUUGGCCGUUCGUUGGAGCUCUGGGUCCUGGGAUUCCAUCGAACCGUGCAUAACAUCAAGCCCAACAAGAGCAUCAUCUAACCGUCGAACACUUACUCCAGAACUUGGACAUGACUUUGGAUCUCAUUCGGACCAUGCUAUUUCCGACUACCUUUGUCCACUGGACUUGCCGGUCGCCUUUGUUAAUGUCAAGUCAAAAGCCAGUUCAUCACAGAUCGGCAUGGGCCCGAUGUCUUUGUCAACAUCAGUACAUGUCUCUGUCGAUGUCGGCUCCAUUCCAUUCCCGGGAACUUCUGGUCUUGCUCCCCUCGAUAUUAUUAUACUGCUUGACAGCUUAUCUCAGCCCUCUGUCAACUACCUUACACAAAUCACUCUAGGUUCUACGGUGUUGGCAUCCAAUCUAGUCCAAAACCACGACCGUGUUGCAUUGAUGUAUAUAGAUCCCAAGGCAAAACACGGGGUUGGGCAGUUACUACCAUUGGGAUUCCAUUCGUUUGACGCCAUACGAAGUGCGCUAAACAAAUUCGCCCAGUAUCAACAUUUGAUCAUGACAUAUCCAAAUAUUGGAAAUGCCAUUCGACGAAUUUCCGAUAUGUUUGGGGCUUGCCCAAGAGCCGCAUUUUGCCAGUUGUUUUUUGUUUCUGCUACUCCACCUGCGCACUUGUCGCUACCUUGGAUGAACCAGGCGAUUGGUUUUCAUACCAUUACUCCUCAAACCUGCUUACCCUUGACCUUCGCAAAUUUCCAAGCUGGGUGGCACAUUGCUUAUGAUGUGGGUAUGAAUGAUACCUGUCCUCGAGGAUCACAUUUCAUACGCAAUGUUUCCAGAGUCGUUCGACAAUUGCGCACCGGUAUACGUCCCGGAUCUAUUCUCGACCUCAAGCUUUCCAUAAUCCCAGGUAGUGGAUGCCACAUGCAUUCCUUUAUGGAAAGUUUCCAGCUCACCUCUCUUCGGCCUGGAGAAACUUGGAUCAUCCCUCUUCAAAUCGAAGUGCCACCGGCAUUUCAGCAAUUGUCUUCGGUUAGCGAUCGCUGGGGCUCUCCUGUUCACUCGCCUAUUUUCGAAGAUUUACUGGAAAAGAUCAAUGGACUCAUCGCGGAAUACUCUGGUGAAACCACUCAGGCUAUUCUAAAAGCCCGUGUUGAAUAUCGGCACUCACUACUGCCAGCACCCAAUAACAUCCAUGUGGAAUCUCAUCUCACUGUUGCUCGUGUUGAUGAUACAGUUUCAUGCUCCUCACGGUUGACUAGUGAUGCCAGGUUUAUGACACUUUCACAAGCAAGUAAAUCGAGCUGUGACCUUUCCACUAGGAGUGAAAGUGCAUGA